ACUCGGAAGAUUCAAUCCGCUUGGUGUAUCCUGUCUCUUGAAACCCAAGAGCACACCCACUUUGCUUUAUCUUCUUUCCCCCUCCUUCCCCCACCAUCUUAUCUUACAGGACCAUUUGCCAACUCUGAAGGCUGUUGGGUCUACAAGAUCACAGACUUCAGUAGAAGCCACCACGCUUGGAGUAGACAUCAUGGGUAACUGCAUUCAGACUGAUCAAAGCUACAGCAUCAUCUUCAAUUUCUCAGCCGACCCAGAUUUCUGGCAGCAGAUCGACAACUUCACCCAGAAUGAAACAGAGGAAGACUACUGGCCACAGAACGUCGCUGAACCGUGCCAGUACACUUUUUGCUCCACGUUUAUUGGUGGUAUUCCGAUUUUCCUGGGAAUAGCCAGCACCCUGGGAAUCUUAGGCAAUGUGAUGCUUGGGGUCGCCUUGGCCAAGUGCCCUCGGUUUUGGGAUCAACGCCAUCCAGGCAAAGUGGAACUCUUUCUGCUCGCAAUAGCGGGGGUCACCUUUGCUUCCAUUUUGCCCUUUUUCGCCCUGGGAAUCAGCCGGAGAUGGGCCUUUGAAGACCGACUCUGCCAAGUGGCCCAUGGACUGAAGUUCGGGUGCCUCUUUGCUCAGGGGUUGCUGGCAGCUGGCAGUGCCUGCCAAAGUCCCUGGGGUCUCCCCAGGCCACUUUUGCCCACCCUGCUCUGGAUCAUGGGAUUCCUCUGUGCGACCCCAGCGGCUCUGGUGAGCAGCACUAAUGGAGUCUGUGUCCCAAAUGGUCUCACUGAGCUUCACACCUGGUCCCUGGUCCAUGUUGUUUUCUGCUUGGUCAUUUUCGUACUUCUCCCACCCACCAUGAUGUGUCUCAAAGGGUGUGGAAAGAGCUGGCACCCCCAUUUUAAUAUCAGCUGGGUUUUUUAUCUCUUCUGGGCCCCCUAUGGUGUCGCCGUGUUUCUGGUCAUGCUUCAGGAAGAAACAUCACUUACCCAAGCUUGCAGUUUUCUGGAACAUCUCAACUCCUUUCUGGGGUUCUCUGAAGGAUGGGGUAUCCUUCACUGCUACCUGUGCCCCUUGUUAAUUUUGGGGUUGGGCUUUUAUCACCGAAGGACAGUCCAAAUGGGGAAGUGCUAAUUUGAAAGGUCUCUCCUUUCCACAAUCUGGAACUGGACCUCCCUGUUGCAUCUCCUUCCCUUCCUGCAAUGAAGCUAUGGAGGCCCAUCCCUGGUGCUGUGACAAGCAAGCUUUAAUUAUGCAACAAACCAAAUUCUGCCUUUGAGUUCUGGCUUCAACAAGGGUGUUUUCUGCAUCGCAAAUAAAAGCUUUUUUGAA